AUGUUCGUUGCAUCCCUUGCUCUUCUCUCCACUCUUUUCUCCUUAUGUACAUCCACCACUGAAUGGUGGGGAGAUCUCAGAGCACAUCUGAAUCCUGCUCGUCAGGCGCCCUUCUACGAUGUAACUUAUGAUGAAAAAGGUAAGAUUCUUUCGGGGGACUAAAGCUUCAUAAAACGUUCUUUUUCAGUAAAUGUCUGCCCUCAAGGCCUUCAUGCUGAUGCUAUACCGGAGUACGUUUACUUCGGAACCAUGCUCGCAACAAUGACUGUCGAUGAGCAUGACCAGUGUCUUCAGAAGUGCGCAGAAAAGCCACGUUGCAAAGCCGUCAAUUUCUUCCAUCCCUUCGCUUAUCAAGAGAAAGGUUUCUGCGAGUUGCUCACCGAAGGACAGCGCGACAACCCGUCUCUGAUGCGUCCAUUCCGCAAGGCCACCUACUACGAGAAGAUCCGUUGCCGUGAGCUCGAUGAUGUCGAAGACGUUGAGGAGUCUGUUGCCGCCGAAAUUACAGAAAGUGAGUAAGACUAAGAGUGCGAGACGAACCAGUCGCCACUCGAAACACACUUUGCUCAAGUACUAUUGUUUGUGUUACAGAAGCGCCAGAAGACGCGGUUCGCGAGAAAAAACUCGACAUGAGCAGGCUGAUGAAGAAGUUGUCGGCAAAAGUGAAAGAGUUCAACGGCGGCUCGGGAGGCUUCCGUGCGGCUCGUUAG